UUGUGAGAUUUGGUCCGUUCAACAUGUCACACGGUAUCCAUAACGUAGAUAGACACCCCAGACGCUCUCGGGAACAGGCCUUUGAGCCUAAAAUCCACGCGAUACCACCAGGAUCUCCUGAGCAACAGGAACAGGAACAGAAAUUCUCUGGCGAAAUAGCUAACGCGUCUUCCAUAGGAGCUGCCGCUGCCUCUUAUACCGACCGUCUUCCCUCACGAAGCGAAAGUGACCUACUGCAACCACCUCUGCCCUCGGAGGUAUUUCUCAAAAAGGUCCAUGGACCUGAAUUCUUCGUUUCAAGGGAUUACAGACGUCUUCUUCCUCCGACGAUUCCCUCUGAGUUUAUAUUUGCUCUCACUGAAGACGACGAUGUCACAGAGAAGGUCAUCGGACACGGAUCCUUUGGGGCAGUGGUGUCAGCUAUACUGUACCAUCCCCCGGACUAUGUGAAGGAAGUUGUCAUGAAAGAAACAUUUGAACAAGAUUUCCGUGAUAUAACCCACGAGGCCAGGGCAGCGAUGUACCUGGAAAGAACCGGAUUUGUUCCGACUUGUUUUGGCCUGACAGUCUCUGGCAGUGGAGGUCUCCGGAUUGUACAGGAAUGUUUCGCCCAGGGAGUGACACUCCAGAUGGUGUUGGUAGAAGAGUUACUACCGAUAGAAAAUGAGAGAAAGUGGCUGUACAUAGCUUGCCAACUGGCGGAAGGACUUGCAAAGAUCCAUGCCUUCGAUGUCCUUCUUAACGACAUCAAGGACGACAAUGUCCUCGUGGAUCUGAAACCAUCACUACCCGUUGUGAAAUAUUGUGAUCUUGGCUCCAGUACCUAUAAGAAAGGCUGUGUCUUCAAAUCUCCAGACAGUAGUAGAUCACAUCAUUUAUCUCCCGAGGCGUGUGUUCCCAAUGCUGUCACAAACCAAGCCAACGACGUGUUCGGCCUGGGCAACUUGCUGAGGAAUAUCCACAGAGUGACCAACAUUGCUGCGUUAGUCCCCGUGGCAGAACGAUGCCGCUGUGAAGCUGUGCCGGAAUCACGUGGUACAGCUGAUGGGGCUUACAGAGAUCUGUAUAUGGAAUACACUAGGGCCGAGAAAAGAUGGAGCGAAGACUUAGAAAGCCUAGAAGACGAGUUAAUACCUGGUCUUGGAGACGGAGACUUCCGGGACACACCCUCACCACGCACAGGAAACAGCGUGGUUUGGUCAGCACACUGUUCAAAUGCUGUAGAAAUUGAUGAGGACAUGGCUGCCUAUCUUGCCUCCCUGGACGCUCGCUACUCUCCAUCACAAGCAGGAAGGACUGAAGAAUGGGUAAAGAGAGGCAACUUGAACGAGCUCCAUGUUGGAUGCAGCAUCCCCCAGGACAUUAUCAACACAGCUGAUGCAGCUGUCAUGGCUGAGACACUAGAAUCUGUUGGACAAAGAGCCUCCCAGGACAUCUUGGCCACAGCUGAUGCAGCUGUCAUGGCUGAAACAUUAGAGUCUGUUGGACAAAGAACCUCCCAGAACAGCUUGGCCACAGCUGAUGCAGCUGUCGUGGCUGAAACAGUUGAGUCUGUUGGACAAAGAGCCUCCCAGGACAUCUUGGCCACAGCGGAUGCAGCUGUCAUGGCUGAAACAUUAGAAUCUGUUGGACAAAGAGCCUCCCAAGACAUCAUGGCCACAGCUGAUGCAGCUGUCAUGGCUGAAACACUAGAGUCUGUUGGACAAAGAGCCUCCCAGGACAUCUUGGCCACAGCUGAUGCAGCUGUCGUGGCUGAAACAGUAGAGUCUGUUGGACAAAGAAUCUCCCAGGACAUCUUGGCCACAGCUGAUGCAGCUGUCAUGGCUGAAACACUAGAGUCUGUUGGACAAAGAGCCUCCCAGGACAUCUUGGCCACAGCUGAUGCAGCUGUCAUGGCUGAAACACUGGAAUCUAUUCGAGGACAAAGAACCUCAGAGUCAGAUAUCAUGUUCUCGGGAUCAGAGGACUCUACUGAUGCCUCUUUUAGCAUUGUUCCUGAAGAGAGUCUGGCAGACAUCAUGUUCUCGGGAUCAGAGGACUCUACUGAUGCCUCUUUUAACAUUGUUCCUGAAGAGAGUCUGGCAGACAUCAUGUUCCCGGGAUCAGAGGACUCUACUGAUGCCUCUUUUAACAUCGUUCCUGAAGAGAGUCUGGCAGACAUCAUGUUCUCGGGAUCAGAGGACUCUACUGAUGCCUCUUUUAACAUCGUUCCUGAAGAGAGUCUGGCAGAUAUCAUGUUCUCGGGAUCAGAGGACUCUACUUACGCCUCUUUUAACAUUGUUCCUGAAGUGAGUCUGGCAGACAUCAUGUUCUCGGGAUCAGAGGACUCUACUGACGCCUCUUUUAACAUUGUUCCUGAAGAGAGUCCGGCAGAUAUCAUGUUCUCGGGAUCAGAGGACUCUACUUACGCCUCUUUUAACAUUGUUCCUGAAGAGAGUCUGGCAGACAUCAUGUUCUCGGGAUCAGAGGACUCUACUGACGCCUCUUUUAACAUUGUUCCUGAAGAGAGUCUGGCAGACAUCAUGUUCUCGGGAUCAGAGGACUCUACUGACGCCUCUUUUAACAUUAUUCCUGAAGAGAGUCUGGCAGACAUCAUGUUCUCGGGAUCAGAGGACUCUACUGACGCCUCUUUUAACAUUGUUCCUGAAGAGAGUCUGGCAGACAUCAUGUUCUCGGGAUCAGAGGACUCUACUGACGUCUCUUUUAACAUUGUUCCUGAAGAGAGUCUGGCAGACAUCAUGUUCUCGGGAUCAGAGGACACACCUGAGGUGUCCUUUCACAUUGUUCCUGUUGUAAACCUGGCAGACAUUAUGUAUGCUGGCCCAGAGGACGUUUCUACAUCCGGGUCAUGGAACAUAGUCCCCGUGGUCGGUCUGGCAGAUAUCAUGUAUGCAGGACCCGAGAACACACGUGUGGCGUAGGG